GUGGGGUGGGGGGGGCCCAGAGAUUGUGACGUGUCAGGUGACGCCUCCAGGACUAACGGCAACAAUAACAACAACGAAAAAGAUUCUACCGCCCCUGCCUUUGCUGGGACGUCCCGUCUCCAGCAGCACCUCCCCCCCCUCCCUCCCUCCCUCCCUCCCUCCCCCCCUUGGCACUGUGGGGAACACUGAGCGUCCGCUAGCUGCAGUAGUCCUCCUCCGCUCGUUUUCGGGGGGCGGGGAGGGGGUCGUUGAAGUACCCCCCGCCGCCGCCGCCGCCGCGGGCGAGAGGGGCGUGAGAUGGCGGCCCUCGCCAGCUCCCUGAUCCGCCAGCGGAGGGAAGUGAAGGACCCUCAGGCCAACCGCCAAGUCGCCAACAAGCGCAAGCCCUGCCCCAAGGCCAACAAGUCCCUGUGCCAGAAGCAGAUCCUCAUCCUCAUCUCCAAGGUGCGCCUCUGCAGCCAGCGCGGGAGGCGACUGGACAAGAGGCCAGAGCCCCAGCUGAAAGGCAUCGUCACGCGUCUGCACUGCCGGCAUGGCUUCUACCUGCAGAUGCUGCCCGACGGCACGCUGGACGGCACCAAGGACGAGAACAGCUCCUUCCUGCAGUUCAACCUGAUCCCCGUGGGCCUGCGGAUCGUGGCCAUCCAGAGCACCAAGACCAGCCUGUACAUCGCCAUGAACAGCGACGGCUACGUGUACACCUCCGAACACUUCACUCCGGAGUGCAAGUUCAAGGAGAGUGUGUUUGAGAACUACUACGUGACGUACUCCUCGAUCCUGUACCGGCAGAGCCAGUCCGGGCGGGCCUGGUACAUCGGGAUCAACCGCGACGGGCAGGUCAUGAAGGGCAACAGGGUCAAAAAGACCAAAGGGGCGGCACACUUCCUGCCCAAAUUCAUCGAGGUGGCCAUGUACAAGGAGCCCUCGCUGCACAACAUCGCCGGGCAGAGCCCGCCCAGGAAAACCGCCAAGGCCUCCGACUCGCCCGCGCCGCAGAACGUCAAGAAAGACCGGAAAGAAAAAAAACCGGAUGCUUCCUAGCCCACCUGGUUCAUGGGGGGGGUGGGGGUGGGGGU